CGACGGGUUGGUUGGCGCCAUAAAUUCCUCGCCACCACCGCUCGACCUACCAUACCCGUCCGUCCUAGCUCAUCCGAGCCUGCCCUCCGAUCCCCUCCAUCACAGCAGCUGCUGCGUCUGCGUGCGCCGUCGCCACCAGACCUCAAUCCCCUCGCUCGUCGUCCUCGUCCAACGACUUCCCCUCGAUCAGUUCCCAUUCCCACCGCACCCUCGCUCGUCGUGUCUAGCUAGCGGAGAUUGCUACGACCAGAUCGGAGAGCUUAGCUCAGCCCAACCCCAGGAGUCACUCGGAGGAAGAAGCGAAGCGAAGCGAAUCGAAGCGGCAGGCGGUGUGUGGUGGUUGCUGCCGGCGCGUUCCUGGGCCAUGGAUCCGUCGGGCGGCGCGUUCCUGCCGCAGCUGCAAGCUGGGAGCUCCUCCUUCCCGCGGUCCUCCAGCAACACGUCGCUCGCCAGGACCGGUAGCGCCGGCCGCGGGAGGGGCGGCACCAGGGGCAGGAAGAUGAUGCGCAGGGUCUGCCGCGGCGUCAUCACCUUCAUCUUCGCCAUCGCUGGGCUGUUCCUGGGAGCGGUGACCGGCGGUCUGAUCGGGCUGGCGACGGAGAGCGGGCUGUUCCGCGGCACCGGGAUCGGCGCCAUCACCGGCGCGCUCGUCUCCAUCGAGGUCGUCGACUCCUCCAUCCGGCUCUGGCAGUCGCGGCGCUCCGGGAUCUGGAGCAUCCUCUACGUGCUGAACGUGAUCUACAGCCUCCUGACCGGCAGGCUGGUGCGCGAGAAGGUCGACCCGGCGGUGCAGAGGGUGGUCCGGAGCCAGAUGAACGCGGUGGACUCGUCGCCGUUCAGGGAGUCGCCGGACCUGUUCGAGGUGGAGGCCACCAACGGCAUGCCGCGGGCGUCCAUCGACAAGCUCCCCGAGUCGUGGAUCACCGAGGAGUACAGGCGCGACGCCGUCGGCGACCUCUCCGGAUGCUCCGUCUGCCUCCAGGAUUUCCAGGUCGGGGAGAAGGUGCGGAGCCUGCCGGACUGCUGGCACGUGUUCCACGUGCCGUGCAUCGACGGCUGGCUCAUCAAGCACGGCUCCUGCCCGCUCUGCAGGAGGAAGCUCUAGACCAGUACGCCAUGGAUGAUGCAUACUCGUCGCUGCGAUCGAGUUGAUGCUGUGCCCCCACCGCCGCCGCCACCGCCACAGCUGCUGCUAGGAUCGGAGGAGGUUGGAGCUGGAGGAGGAAGAAGAGACUGACAUCUAUAGAACCCUUAAUUUAUAGAGAGCUUUUGGUUUUUGCUUUGCUGCUGCUGCUGCUUGUACGUGUCCUACUACGUACGUACCUUUUGCAUCUUUUUUGAUCCCCGCCAUGAUCGACCUCCUUCGUCCAUGCAUCGAUCUCCUCUCGGUUCGGUUCGGUUCAGUUCCUUCUAUCUUGAUGAAGAUCGAUCUCAUGUAAUAUAUACCCUGGACCGGCUUGUGCUUCGAUCCAUUCCAUGCAUCUCCGGACUGUGAUCUUGGUGUAAUAUAUAUAAAACUACUAGUAUGUAUAUCAUCGCACUUUGGACAUGCA